CUCGGAGCUUCCGGAGCGGCGGUUACGCGACGCGGGGGCAGCCGUUGGGGCGGCGGUCGGUGGUCGGUGGUCACCUGUGCCGCCUGCUUCCGGACGGGAAGGCCGGGAGGGUGAGCCCGGCCCGGACGGCCCCUCAGUUCCAUGGGCGAGGAAUCCGGGGCGUGUUCAAGCGAGGUUCGAGCAUGAACAUGGCGGAAGGGGACACCCUGAUAUCGGUGGAUUAUGAGGUGUUUGGGAAGGUGCAAGGGGUGUUUUUCCGCAAGUACACGCAGGCUGAGAGUAAAAGGCUGGGAUUGGUAGGCUGGGUCCAGAACACAGACCAGGGCACAGUGCAAGGACAAUUGCAAGGUCCCAUCUCCAAAGUGCGUCAUAUGCAGGAAUGGCUUGAGACAAAAGGAAGUCCCAAAUCGCACAUCGACAGAGCAAACUUCAACAAUGAGAAAGUCAUCUUAAAGUUGGAUUACUCAGAUUUCCAAAUUGUAAAAUAAUGCCCUGAUUUCAAAUUUUCUAAGAGAAACUCAGAGGUUUUGCUUUUCUUGUUAAUAUAGAAUUAUUCUGAGUAAUAUUAGAAUUUUUCAGUAAGUUAUUUUAGUUUCAGAUACCUGAAUGUUACUGUAUAUAAUAUGUAUGAUGGAAGGAAUGAUUACAACUGUACACAAUUCUAAUAAAAACACAUCAGAACCAUC